AUGUUAUUAUUUCCAAAGUGGACCCUAAAGAGAAUCCAACAUGAUGCUGUAGAACUUCCCAGUCAGUAUUGGUUGGAUCCUGUCGCUUCCUUUGAUCGUCAAAAUUCUCAGGAUUUGCAACUCGAUCUUCCAAUUACUCCGAAAGCAUUCAGGUUUCGUGCUUUUAUGAAGGUUGCGAAUGCUCCUUUCUCGGACAAUGGAGCUAAUCAACUGUUGUUCUCGAUCUACUUGAGGCACAUGAAGCCCCAGUACGAAACUUGGAGCAUGCACAAGAUAGUUGCUGUGAAGGUCACUGGGCCAAUCGAGACUGAAAGUUUGCCCAAUGCGAAGUUUAAAGUAGCGAGAGGAUCAGUUGGAUUGAUGGAUGUGGAUAUUGCCACUGUUUUGAAGAAGAAGCCGACUGCCGUUCCUAAGGAAGCUCCAAAAGACUCCGAGAAAUUAAACCCUUGGAAGAUAUGCAAGGAAGGAUGGUUCGUAGUAUAUCAGUCCAGAGAACGAACGGAAGUUGAGUUUCGCAAGUCUUAA